CAUUCGAUCGAAGACAAGAACAAGAACAACACCCUUUUUCUUUCUGCUCUCGGAACAAGAUUUUUCCCCCCCGAGAACAACCGAAGGUUGCCAAAUCGAAUCGAAUCAAAUCAAAUCGAAUCGAAUCGAGCAUCGGACCGGGAGCAGAACACACAUUCCCUCCGGAGCGAGACGACAACGCACGCAAAGCAAGAACAAGAACAAGACUACCAACCGCAAAGAAUUUCGCAACAAUGGCCUCUCACGGAAACACAAGGCGGCAAACGGUGAACGGCCUGGCGUUGCUCACGGUCGCAACACUGCUGGCGGUCCUUUCGUCGUCCCCGUCCGCUGCGGCCUUUGCCACCGGCCCCGCGCUGCCCCAGCAAAGGCUCUGUCAACAGCAACAAAAGCAGCAACAGCAACAACACCGCCGGCCCGCCACCACCUCCCUCCGCAUGGCCCCGCCGGGAUCCUCCGUCCUCAAGCCCGCCGCGGGGCCCCUGAUGGACUCGGGAAAGGCCCUGGCCCGGAGCGGCGAGCUCCUCAUCGACUUUACCCGCACGCUGGACCUCUACGGGGGCGCCCUCUCGAACGCGGGCGCCCAGAUCCGCAACGCCGGCGACUCGCUGGCCCAGGCCGGGGCCAGCUGCCGCUUCAAGACGGGCCUGGAGCUGGUCAUCGACGAGCUCCGGGAGGCCGCGGCCUGCCUGUCGGAGGCGACCGACAAGCUGGAGCUGGCCACCGAGGAGGCUUCCGCCGACGGGGACCCCCUCCUGGAGGAGAAGGUGGCGGCCCUGGUGGGCCCUUCCCGGGUCUGCGCCGCCAGGCUGGAGCAGGCCGGGGCGGGCCUCCUGAUGCGACAGGGCCUCCCGGAGGUCGGGGCCGCCAUGGUGGACGCGGCCGGGGGGAUGGGGGGCCUCUCGGCCGGCAUCGGGAGCCUGGCCGAGGCCCGGUCGGGGGACGCCGACGGGACCCUCUCGGCGCAGCGGAUGGCCUAUGCGGCCGAGCGGCUGGGCAGGGCCGGGACCGAGCUCAAGGGGGAGGUCGACCCGGCCAAGAAACCCGAGGGGCGGGCCUUUCUCAAGGGCGGCGGCUUCUAGGGGGGCGAGCGAGCCCACCGGAACCGCGAAACUUCUUGCCCCACCGGAGGUUCAAGAAGCAAAUGUCCGAGCUUCGGUUCUGGUGCUCAUCCUUCUGCACAAAACCGACUCGAAGCAUGAUCGAUGCAAUAGCUAGCAAUAGUACUUGUAGUAUGUGCACACCAAUGGUAGUGAUUCUUUUACCAACACUGCAUCUGUGUCAAGCCAUAAUGCAAUGGAAAUCCAUCACUGAACUUUUUUGUUGUGUAGAUAUUGCAUACUACUAGACAGUAAUCUUUUUUCAAUACCUACAAUGCAAAUCUUGAUCUGUGAUAUCAAUAACCAAUAGAGUACAUCAACAACGAUAGAGAACUACUAGUACAUCUGCCCAAUGAAUUUGUUCCAUAAAUUGAAUUACUCACU